AUGAUGGAAGACAAUAAGCAGCUCGCGCUCCGCAUCGAUGGGGCGGUCCAGUCGGCCAGCCAGGAGGUGACCAACCUGCGAGCGGAACUCACGGCCACCAACCGGAGACUGGCGGAACUGAGCGGCGGCGGCGGCCCCGGCCCGGGCCCGGCAGCCGCGACCAGCGCCUCGGCGGCGGCGGACUCRGCGGCGGCGAACAUGGAGAACCACCAGCUCGGCGCGCAAGGGCUCCUGCGGGAGGAAGUGUCCCGGCUCCAGGAGGAAGUCCACCUUCUCCGGCAGAUGAAGGAGAUGCUGGCCAAGGACCUGGAGGAGUCGCAGGGUGGCAAGUCCCCCGAGGUCCUCUCGGCCACCGAGCUCCGGGUCCAGCUGGCCCAGAAGGAGCAGGAACUGGCCAGAGCCAAAGAGGCCCUGCAGGCCAUGAAAGCCGAUCGCAAGCGCCUGAAGGGCGAGAAGACGGACCUGGUGAGCCAGAUGCAGCAGCUGUACGCCACGCUCGAGAGCCGCGAGGAGCAGCUGCGCGACUUCAUCCGCAACUACGAGCAGCACCGCAAGGAGAGCGAGGACGCGGUCAAGGCCCUGGCCAAGGAGAAGGACCUCCUGGAGCGAGAGAAGUGGGAGCUGCGGCGCCAGGCCAAGGAGGCCACGGACCACGCUGCCGCCCUGCGCUCCCAGCUGGACCUCAAGGACAACCGGAUGAAGGAGCUGGAGGCCGAGCUGGCCAUGGCCAAGCAGUCCUUAGCCACGCUGACCAAGGACGUCCCCAAGCGGCAUUCACUCGCCAUGCCGGGCGARACGGUGCUCAACGGCAACCAGGAGUGGGUGGUGCAGGCGGACCUCCCGCUGACCGCGGCCAUCCGCCAGAGCCAGCAGACUCUCUACCACUCACACCCGCCCCACCCUGCGGACCGGCAAGCGGUCAGGGUGAGCCCCUGCCACUCGCGGCAGCCUUCCGUCAUCUCGGACGCGUCGGCUGCGGAAGGUGACCGGUCGUCCACGCCCAGCGACAUCAACUCCCCGCGACACCGGACGCACUCCCUCUGCAACGGCGACAGUCCCGGCCCAGUUCAGAAGAACCUGCACAACCCUAUUGUACAGUCACUAGAGGAUCUUGAAGACCAAAAACGGAAAAAGAAGAAAGAGAAGAUGGGAUUCGGCUCCAUCUCGCGCGUCUUCGCCCGAGGGAAGCAGCGGAAGUCCCUCGACCCCGGCCUCUUUGAUGACUCCGACAGCCAGUGCAGCCCCACGCGGCAGAGCCUCAGCCUGUCGGAGGGCGAGGAGCAGGUGGACCGGCUGCAGCAGGUGGAGCUGGUCAGGAGCACGCCCAUGUCCCACUGGAAGGCGGGCGCCGUCCAGGCCUGGCUGGAGGUGGUCAUGGCCAUGCCCAUGUACGUCAAGGCCUGCGCGGAGAACGUCAAGAGCGGGAAGGUGCUGCUGAGCCUGAGUGACGAGGACCUGGAGCUGGGCCUGGGCGUGUGCAGCUCCCUGCACCGGCGCAAGCUCCGCCUGGCCAUCGAGGACUACCGCGACGCAGAGGCGGGCAGGAGCCUGUCGAAAGCCGCCGACCUGGACCAUCACUGGGUGGCCAAGGCCUGGCUGAAGGACAUCGGCCUGUCCCAGUACUCCCAGGCCUUCCAAAACCACCUGGUGGACGGGCGGAUGCUCCWCUCCCUCGUGAAGCGGGACCUGGAGAAGCACCUGAGCGUGUCCAAGAAGUUCCACCAGGUCAGCAUCCUGCUGGGCAUCGAGCUGCUGUACCAAGUGAACUUCAGCAGGGAGGCUCUGCAGGAGCGCCGGGCCCGCUGCGAGACACAGAACACCGACCCCGUGGUGUGGACCAACCAGCGCGUGCUCCAGUGGGUGCGGGACAUUGACCUGAAGGAGUACGCGGACAACCUGACCAACAGCGGUGUGCACGGCGCGGUGUUGGUCCUGGAGCCCACGUUCAACGCCGAGGCCAUGGCCACGGCCCUGGGCAUCCCCAGCGGGAAGCACAUCCUCCGGAGACACCUGGCCGAGGAGAUGAGCGCCGUCUUCCACCCGGCCAACUCCACAGGCACCCGCGAGGCCGAGCGCUUUGGAACGCCACCGGGCAGGGCCUCCAGCGUCACCCGGGCGGGGAAGGAGGACAGCAGCGGGGGCAGCRGCAGGUACAAGACUGGCCGGCUGCCCCUCGGGAAGAUAGGAAGGGGCUUCAGCAGCAAAGACCCGGAUUUCCAUGACGACUACGGCUCUCUUCAGAACGAGGAGUGCGGUGACGAUGACGCGCAGGCCGGGCCGGAGCAGUACCGUCUGGACGGCUACAGCAGCCCAGAGGUCACCAAUGUGUAGGGAGC